UCUUUUGCAAGAGCAAAGAAUAGGGUCAGCAUGAACUUCCUCUUCAGAAGUAUGCAGAGUCGAGAAAGCAUCAAGAAAAUAGAGGCUCAUAAAACACUUGACUUUUACGACCACAAUCUCUCUCAAAGAACUAUUAGAGAGAAUGAGCAGGUCCAAGAGAAGAUCAAUUCACUUAGUCGGGCAAAAUUAAGAGACCAAGCCCGUAAAUAAGCAUAUUUCCCAUCUUGAUCGAGCUAAUACUCGCCAGAUGCUUAACAGAGCGAAGAAGAAUUUAAUAAAGUCGAAGUUUAUCCUCCAGAAUAUCCUAGAUGAUGGAAAGACUACUAUGCAAAUGAAACCUUUUAAAGAAUAUGAGAUUUAUUUGCUACCAAAUUCAGGAGUUUAUUAUCAUCUUGAGAGAGAUCAAUUUAAAGAUAAAGCAUUCUUAUUGAUGACUUAUCAAUCUCCAGAAGAUGUCAUGGUUUAUGUUGAUAAAUAAAUCGCCAAGGCCAUCGAGUAAUUCCUGAGAUUUGAUACUAAAAUCCCCAAAAAUGAUCCCAUUAAAUAACACAUUUUUCGAAUUUUCAUCAGUUUUCUUAUGAUUCAAAUGAGACCAAAGUUGUAAUAUAACUGUGACUCCAUAUCCAAACAAGGAGUCCCUUCCAGUGAAGAGUAAGGCAAGAGAAAGUAUUAAAAAGAAAUUGACUCUGAGAGAACGUCAGGCAUUGCUUUUAAAAUAAUGGAACGAAGAUCGCAGAUAUUUCAAAAACUAGGCAUGAAAUAGACCAAAAGAUGACUCAUUUGGCUGAUUAUCCAACCCAACUGGAGAAGUUUAAACAGCGUAUAGCAAUGAUUAAGUCUAAUAAGCUCAAAAAUCAUUCUUCAAUCGAUGCAAAUAUCGAGAUUGCAGAGAACUGGGGUUCCUUCAGAAAAAUGAAACUUGAUAGACUCUCUUCAGCCACUAGGCUUAACAGCAGUCUUGUAAUCAAAUAAAAGGAAAAGGAUUGAGAGACUCAAAAGGAAUAGAGAGACUAAUACUACCUACUGGGAGCGCAAGAAGAAAGAAAAACAAGAGACAGAAAGACAGAUCAAAAUCCAACAUAUCCGCCUAAGGUGCAUCAUUGUGUGGAACUCACAGGUUAUACUAACCCAAUAUUUCUCAGAUGUAGCCAGAAGAUACAAUAGACGAAGAGAAGAGAUUGAGCAUAGGAGGAACUUAACACUCGCUAUCAUUAAGAUCGCUGCCAAAAUGAGGUAUAAGCUAAAAUAAGUUUGGGCCAAGCUAUAAUAUCAGAGCAACAGGAUUGAUUAGGAAUGGGCUAAACUUCAAUGUGAACAAUAUGCAUGGCUUAUGAGUGGAGAGAUCAAAGAUUGUCCUAAGAAUGUUCCUGCAAAAAUAAUGAUGAAAGACUUAAACUCAGAGCAGCAUUCUUCACUUUCCAUCAGAAAAUAUGUGCAACUAAGAAUAGACUAAUAUCAAAAAUGGUCAUGAAGAAAACCAGGAUGAAGCUAUUAGCAGAAUAUUGGAACCAUAAAUUGUUCUCAAUGAUGGAUAGAUAUAAAGAUAGCUAUAAAAAGAUAGAUAAAGAUCGAAUAAAGCUGAACAAAUUGAAAGGAAUUUCAACCCUUGUAAAAGAAGUGAUGAUUCUGAGAUAUUAUGACCAGUGAAGACUUGAAUACUGUCUAAAGUUCUUCACUUGGCGGAAGAAAUGCAAAGAAUUCAUAUAAAAACUGCAGAAGAAGAUAACCUCUAUGAGGCUCUAUCAAUUGCUAGGAGAAAAAGCCAGAUCAAAGCAGCUGAGAAGUUAACAGAAGAUAUUAUUUUGAGCGAUCAUGAAGAUGACUCUCAUAAGAAAAAGAGUCGUCUCACUGCUCAUUCUAAACAUUAUAAGAGAUCUGGAGCGCCAAAGAAAUAUCAGAAACAUAAUAAAAGACUUCAUGGGCCUCCUAUACUUGCUGAUAGCUUAAAAAUGGAAGCAGAGAAUAUCGAUGUGCUAGAUAAAGUAAAGAGCAUCAAAGUACCAAUGACUCGCUUGGGAUUGCAGAAAUCAGUAAGCAAGGCUAAAGCUAUUCUGGCAAAGGCAUGCAUGAACUAUCCUCCUCAGAUGAACUUUGUCCCUAGUGAGGAGCUAUUAGAGAAACUUAUUUGGGCUGCUACAAAAUAUAGGUACGCAAAAGACAUUCCAAGGGUAUUGUAAAAUUCAGAAAAAUAAAUUGAUUUCAAUAUGAGCUUUGACUAAAGG